AGCAAAAAUGCAGGCCCAGCUUCAGUCUCGCCAGACCGCUCGCGCGGGCGCUUUCCGCUCGGGUGCUCGCCCGGUCGCCCGCCGGACCGCUGUCAAGGUGGAUGCGACCCUGAAGGUCAUGAUUGCGGGCGCCCCUGCUGCCGGCAAGGGCACCCAGUGCGCCAAGAUUGUCGACAAGUACAAGCUGGUACACAUCUCCGUGGGCGACAUCCUGCGUGACGAGGUGAAGAACGGCACCCCCGCCGGCAAGAAGGCUAAGGACUUCAUGGACCGCGGCGUGCUGGUUCCCGAUGAGGUGGUCGUGGAGAUGGUGAAGCUGCGUCUGGCGGAGGACGACGUGAAGCAGCGCGGCUGGCUGCUGGACGGCUACCCCCGCAGCGCCUCGCAGGCGGAGGCCAUUGAGAAGGAGGGCAUCCGCCCCGACGUCUUCCUGCUCAUCAAUGUUCCCGAUGAGCUGCUGGUGGAGCGCGUGGUGGGCCGCCGCCUGGACCCCCAGACCGGCGCCAUCUACCACCUUAAGUACAGCCCGCCCCCGGCUGACAUCGUGUCCCGCCUCAUCCAGCGCAGCGAUGACACCGAGGACAAGUGCCGCGUGCGUGUGGCUACCCACAACGCCAACGUGGACGCCGUGGUUGGCUACUACAAGGACGUCAAGGUCGACAUCGACGGCACGCAGUCCAUGCAGGACGUGUUCGAGGCCAUCUGCACCGCCCUGGACGAGACCGUUGCCAAGUCCGACCCCCUUGAGCAGUACUGCAAGGACGAGCCCGCUGCUGACGAGUGCCGCGUGUACAACGACUAAACGUCUAGCGCGCACCUUCGGUGUGUUGUUGAAGCUGUGAUUAUGUACGUUUGUGGCGGGCUGGGCUGCUGGGGUACCAACGUCUCAGCUACUUCAUGGGUCCAGGUACAUCCUGCCACAAAGCUGCAGUAAGCUUUGGUGAGCGUGAUGUACCGUUGGUAGGGUUGCGAUGCUGUGUUGCGUGCGUGCAUGAAGAACGAGAAGGCACCGGUGCAACCCUCUAAAGCGUGCAAGGUUGGGAGUUUGCCAGGUGACGGCGCUUUAUGUCAUGGCCUGUUUUUGUGCUGCGAGGGUCGUGCGUAGGAGCGCUGUAAUUCGUGGGCUGUAAGCGAUAAGAUGGC